UGUGAACAGUGCUUGGUUUUCUUCUCGCUUACAUGUGGAGGCUUGGAGGCAGCCAGACCUGCAGUGACUUGGCGUUGCUAUGGCUAUGUCCUUGUUACUCCUCAAUUGUCUGCAUGUUACAUUAAUUUUUCUCCUGCUACAUGUAGGUGAUUGCUCUCAGACGGAACAGAACCUCUGUGAUUCAAGUUGUGCUGGGUUUUCUACCUCUGACUUGUCCUAUCAGAGAGGGGUGAGGUACACUUACAGGUACAGCACGACAAUUACUACAACCCUUCAUGGCUCCAGUGCUGGCAGGAAUGGACUGGCUUUGGACUGUGUGGUUGAUAUUGACGUGGUUUCCAAGUGUCACCUAAUGAUGCAGAUUAGGAAUCCACAGAUAAAGCGACUUUCCCCUCAGAAAGAACACUCUGUGCAGCGUUUAAAGAGCCUUAGGGAGUCACUGGAGAGAACGCGCCUCAAGUUCUCCCUCCAGGGGGGAAAGGUCACGGCCCUCUGUCUCCAGGAGGGGGAGCAGGUGUGGACCCUCAACAUUAAAAGGGCUCUACUGAGCAUGCUCCAGACCUCCCGCAUGGCCUCCAAACAGGAAUCAGAAAAGGAGACCGAUGUGUACGGGACGUGCACCAGCAGGUAUGAGAGGAGGGGACCUGUACUGCUGAAGAGCAGGGAUCUUAAACAGUGCCAGCACUCCAGGCUGGAAAACUUCUGGCCCCAUUCAGUGUCUUUAACUGAAGAUACAUCGGUGCAGUCAGAGCUGCACUGUGUUCAGCGCCAUGGAUCCACAGUGAUGGAAGAGGUCAACUGUACUGAAGCCGUUUUCAUGGCAACAUGGUCCAGGACUACAGGGCUGGUGAAGACCCAAACGGUGUCCACUCUGCUCCUGCUCAGAGCCCAGCCGGGGUCUCCUUCAGGAGCAGAUUCCUUAGGUGUCGGCGUGCUCACUGACCUGCAGUUUGAGGACGAGGGGGCUGCAGGGAAAGCCAAAGCGUCAACACCUCAGCAAGCCAGUCAGACUGUCAGGAUGUUAUGCAGCCUCACCUCAGACCCACAACUGGUAUCACAAGAGUUCCUUCAACUGACUUUCCAGCUGAGAGAUCUGACUCUCUCUCAACUCAAGACACUUUGGCAAGAAGCGUCUUUCAAGUGCCGCAAUGACUGGCAGCCGUUAUUGGAUGCAUUACCAGCCUGUGGAUCUGAAAACUGCAUCAUACUACUGACAGAACUAAUGAGAAACAAAGAGCUGGAGGAGGAGCAGGCGCACGCUUUUCUCACCACCAUAGCCCUCAUCCCUCAUCCCUCGCCACAGAUCAUCGACUCCAUCAAUGUCUUACUGGAGGUCCCAGAGGUUCAGUCGAAGGCGCUGUUAGCUGGAUCAUGUCUGGUCUAUCAACUGUGCCAAAGGUCUCAAGCCUCCUGCAGUGAACUUCCUCAAGUACAGACCUUUAUGCAGACACUUGAGGACACCCUGAAGGAAGGCUGCGAGAAGGAACAACCCACUGGAAACAAGCUUUUUUAUGCACUGAAAUCUGUAGGAAACACUGGUUUGUCCGCUCCGGUCUUCAUUCCUCUGCUGAAGUGCUUCAUGCUCGGCCACUCGACUGCACUGGAGUUGAGACGUGCUGCCAUCCAAGCCUUCAGACGCUUCCCCUGCUCAGCAGAUAGGUCUGUGCUGUUGCAGCUGUACCGCUCCUCCCAGGAGGAUCCCGAGGUCAGAAUCGCUGCAUACCAGCAGCUCAUGCUCUGCCCCGAUCAGGACGUGUUUGAAAUGGUGAAGAAGACGCUGAGGAACGAGACCUCCAGCCAAGUGGGCUCAUAUGUGUGGAGUCACCUGACGAAUGUCCUGCGGAGCGAGGACCCCAUGAAGCAGGCCCUGAUUGAGUUGCUGCCUGAUGACAUCAUCAGCAGAGACUUUGAGGCAGAGUUUCUGAAAUACUCAUCCUAUUCUGACCACACUGUUUCAUCAGGCAUGGGGAUUACAAAUGUGGAAAUGUCUUUAGUUUUCUCUCCUAAAUCCUUUCUCCCGAGAUCUGCCUCUACCAACCUGACAGUUUAUUUUCACGGCAGAGCCCACAACCUUCUGGAGGUUGACCUUCACGUUGAAAACGCUGAACCGCUUUUGAAGAACGUUUUCGGUCGACAGACGCCCGACUCUGAUGGAGAGUCUGUGGUUCGAAGUCGGAAACAGCCCAAAGAGGCCCAGAGGAGCCGAAGAAAAACAGAUGAUGGUCAUCAAGGAGAAAAAGAAAUGUGUUUAUCCAGCACCAGCAGCUAUCUGAGCCAGGCCAGGGCCAUGUUGUUUGGAAGGAGAAGAGAGGAGAGCAGGCCCAGGUGUUGGCUCGGCGUCAAGGUGUUUGGCAGUGAGCUCAGCGUGUUCACAUGUGAAGAUCUCUACAGUCAGAUGGACCGAGUGUCGCUGAGCAUGGCAGGACUGGCUGUUAAACUGCUCAAGGGUCAGGAGGUUCAGCUGAACCACAGGGCCGUGCUGAUGACAGACGAGCUAGUUUUACCGUCUCUGUCUGGUUUGCCCGUCAAACUGGGCAUCAACAUGACCUCGCUGCUGUCACUGCGUCUGAAGGGCAACGUCAACUACAGGGACACUUCUCACUUCUCCCUGUCUGGAUACAUCAAACCGAACGCCUACGUGGGGCUGUCUGCCAGGAUGGGGGUCGACGGUGCUUUGGGUCAGGCUGCAGUGGACUGGCUCUCUGAGCUGAGGAGCUCCACCAGUCUGGACGGCAGCGUUCAGCUGCAGGAGGGCCGGGACGCCAGGGUCACACUCAACACACCGGAGGACGUCAUGGACAUCGUCUCUCUCAGCUCCAGAGUGUUUCAGCUCAGUGGAGACCACAGAGAGGAGAUAAAGGGGCCAAAGAGUCGAGUCCAGAAGACCAGCUGCACUCCAAAGACCUGGUCCAAGAUGGUCGGCUGGCAGCUGUGCUCCAACGCCUCUUACCCGUCACCUGCCACAGGUGUUUCACUUCCAGCUCCAGGACCUGUCCACCUCUCCCUCAGGCUGCUGAAGCUGGACAGAGGUCUCCAUUACUACCUGCUGGAGGCUGCGUACUCGCUGCUUCCUCAGAGAGGCACAUGGCUCCCCAGAGAAGCCUCCAUCCACCUCCUCCUGGCUACACCGCAGUCCUCCAUCCCCAGGGACAUGUCUCUGGACCUGACCUUCAACCCUCACAGGCUGCUGCUGAGGAUCAUCCAUCCUCUGAAAACCAUCCACAUACAAGGGCAACUUGAGCAGGAGAGGAACAUAAAGUCAGGAAAACUGGAGCUGCUGAUUGACGGAGUUCAUUAUUACAUCACGGGUUUGGUCGACUCUCAGACCCUGCUGUCAGAGCAGAGGACACGCUAUCACCUUGAAGCUAAACUGGCCGCUAAUGGACAUCCCAUGAUCCUCUCUGCUAAUGUUACUCGUGGACUGGGCAGGAAGACGAGCUUCUCUGCCACUGUGAAGAACGUGUUCAGAGAAACUGUCUCUCUGUCAGGUAUCCAACUGGCACUAUAA